CCAAAAAGUACUUUGAUGAAUUGAUUGUUGUCCGUUUUGUUGUUCGUGCGUCCCCUCCAUACGAAUUAGGAAGCGUCAUCCACUGUAUUGCGAAUUUUCAAGUACGAGGACCAUGUGAUGUAAUUCUCUUACAUCGGACACGUAGCUCAAACCUCCUCUCGCCGUCGGAGGAAGCUGCUGGUGGCGGGCCUUCCCUUUCCGGAGCUCAUCGCCGACGGUGGUAAUGUCCAUUUCAUCUUCAUCUUUUCCAUUACCAAUUUGACUUACUGGAUUUAAUACCUAGAGAAUACUUGAUAGUACAGCUACCGCUGAGAAAAGAGAUAAGAUUUGGAUUUGAAAGGCCGUCAAUGGUGGCCAUCUCACCCGGUUUCAUCGACGUUCCUUUGCUUCUCCAUUACGUUUCGACUUCCAUUAUUUAAUUCCAACCCUAAUUUCACUGUUCUACUCCAUCUGAGCAUUGGUCUUUCACCUUGCCUUUUACAAUUCCCAUUCUCUUCCUCUGUUUCUCCCUCCUAAAAUGGCAGAUCCUCAGUCCCAGACAGAUUUCUCAUUCUUUCAGAUAUUUCUAUGUAGUGCUUUCGCCGCUUGCAUUGCCGAGCUAUGUACUAUCCCUUUAGACGUUGCAAAAGUAAGGCUUCAGCUGCAGAAGAGAGCUGCUGCUGCAGAUGGGGCAGGCCAAUCGAAAUAUAGGGGAUUACUGGGAACUAUUACCACCAUCGCUAGGGAAGAAGGUUUACCAGCUCUUUGGAAGGGAGUUAUUGCAGGAUUACAUCGUCAGUGUAUUUAUGGAGGCCUAAGGAUUGGGCUAUAUGAUCCUGUUAAACUAUAUUUGGUCGGCAAUAAUUUUGUUGGAGAUAUACCUCUUCAUCAGAAGAUACUUGCUGCUUUGUUUACUGGUGCCUUAGCAAUUUCUGUGGCAAAUCCAACUGAUCUUGUCAAGGUUCGCCUUCAAGCUGAAGGAAAGUUGCCAGCUGGGGUACCUAGACGUUAUUCAGGCACUUUAGAUGCAUAUUUUACCAUUAUAAGACAGGAAGGAUUGAUAGCUUUGUGGACAGGCAUUGGUCCAAACAUAGCAAGGAAUGCUAUUAUUAAUGCCGCAGAACUAGCAAGUUAUGACCAAGUGAAGCAGAUGAUUUUGAAAAUUCCAGGAUUCCUGGACAAUGUUUUUACUCACCUCCUAGCUGGUCUAGGUGCAGGUUUCUUUGCGGUUUGCAUUGGUUCCCCAGUUGACGUGGUCAAAUCAAGAAUGAUGGGAGAUCCAACCUACAAAAAUACCAUCGAUUGUUUCGUUAAAACCUUAAAGAAUGAGGGGCCUUUUGCCUUCUAUAAAGGAUUUCUUCCAAAUUUUGGUCGGCUUGGAUCUUGGAAUGUAGUCAUGUUUCUGACUCUUGAGCAAGCAAGGAAGCUUUUUGGCCUAUGAAACCUUUUGGUGGAAAACUGCUUCUUUGGGGGCGCACCAUGGAUUUUUUUCUCCUUCAAUGAUGGCCCCCACGUUUCUCUCCGAUUCAAUCCAAUGUAUUAUAAAUUAGUAAUAAUAGUAAUAUACUUAUUCUUCUAAUCAUUCAAUAGAGUUUUAACCAAACUCCAGAUUUCUUAUAUUUAAAUUUCCCUAUGCUUUUAGGGGUUAUUUUUGUACCAAGGAUGCUUUUAGCAAUAUGCCAUCAACCAUCUUCUCUCACA